AUGCCUGAAAUUCUAUUAUUACUAAGUUCUGCAUCAAUAAUCUAUGAAGGUCAAGCUCGUUUCACUAUUUUAUCAGCACAACUUAUUCGUCUCGAAUGGUCAUCAACAAAAGAAUUUGUUGAUGAAAAAACAUGGCUUGUUCAAUCACGUCAAAUUCAACCAAUACCACCAUCAUUUACUGUCAUGAGAAAUGAUACUCACCUACGUAUUGAUACUGAUUUCGUUACAUUAGAAUAUCUUCGAAAUGCUACAACAACAUUUAGUCAACAUAAUAUACGUGUCACAGUUCGAGUCAAUAUCAUCAAAGGAGAUAUAGUAGUUUGGAAUGCUAUACCAGGAGAAGAAUAUGAUGGUAAUCUUUUAGGUACAUUACGGACAUUAGAUGGUAGUCGAGAUCCCAAAUUAGAAUUAGAUUGUCGAAAUCAACCACGUGAUGAUUUACAUUGUACUUAUGGUGUUAUUUCUCGUCGUGGUUAUGUUCUUAUUGAUGAUACACAUCGACCUCAACUUGAUAAUGAUUCUAGAUGGCCAUGGAUUAUUAAUAAACAAUAUUCACCACCUAAUCCUAAUCAUUGCCAAAUAGUAUCAAUAGAAGAACGUCGAAAUUGUGGAACAUCAAGUAAUAAUAUCAAUCAACAUGAAUGUGAACUUCGUGGAUGUUGUUUUUUAUUUCCAUCAUCAUGUUUUUAUUCAUCACAAUCUCAACAAGAUUUAUAUUUAUUUGGUCACGGUCAUGCUUAUUCUCAAGCUUUAUUUGAAUUUACUCGUCUUGCUGGUUCAAUUCCACUUCCACCUCGUUAUAUAUUUGGUAUUUUUUUUAGUCGAUAUUGGGCAUAUGCUGAAUAUGAAGAAAGACAAAUCAUUACUGAAUAUAUUCAACAUGAUAUUCCAUUAGAUGUUCUUGUUAUUGAUAUGGAUUGGCAUAAAACAUUUUAUAAAUUACUUUCAAAUGGUACACAAGAUCAAGCAGAUCAAGAAAUUGGAUGGACUGGAUAUACAUUUGAUAAACAUUUAUUUUCAAAUCCAGUAAAGUUUUUUCAAUGGUGUAAACAAUUAGGUUUAAAAAACGCUCUCAAUCUUCAUCCAGCUUCAGGUAUUCAUCCAUGGGAAAAAAAAUAUAAAGCAAUGGCUUAUGCUAUGGGUAUUGAUCCUUCAACUGGUCAUUAUGUUCCAUUUAAUAUCACUGAUAAACAUUAUAGUUUAUCAUUAUCUGAUAUUGUUCUUAAUCCACUUCAACAAGUUGGUGUUGAUUUCUGGUGGUUAGAUUGGCAACAAGGUGAAAAAGGUUGGAUGAAUGAUAUUCCGUAUACUAAUCCUACUUUUUGGCUUAAUCAUAUUUUCUUUACUGAUCCUUAUCAUCAAGAUAAACGAGCAGUGAUUCUUCAUCGAUGGGGUGGACUUGGUAAUCAUCGUUAUCAAGUAGGCUUUUCAGGUGAUGUUAUACCAUCAUGGGAUACACUUUCAUUUCAACCACGUUUUACAGCAACAUCUGCAAAUGUUGGUUAUGGAUAUUGGAGUCAUGAUCUUGGUGGACAUACUGAACAACCAGAUCCUGAAUUGUACAUUCGAUGGAUUCAAUGGGGUACAUUUUCACCUAUGUUUCGAACACAUUGUACAAAAAAUGCAAAUAAUGAUCGACGACUUUGGACAUUUCCUUGGAUUUAUCAAAAUAAUUUAGCUCGAUUUACUCGUCUUCGUCAAUCACUCAUACCUUAUCUAUAUACAGCUGCAAGAUAUACAUAUGAUUCUGGUCUAUCUAUUGUUUUACCUCUUUAUUAUUACUAUCCUGAACAUGAUGAAGCUUAUUCAUAUUCAAAUCAAUAUUAUUUUGGUCAAAAUAUAUUUGUUUCACCUAUUACUCAACCAAUAAAUACAACUACUGGUCUUGUUCAUAAUUGGCCUAUAUGGUUUCCACCUGAUUUUCAAUGGGUUAAUUUCUUUAAUAGUGAUCUUUCUUCUACUUCUACAAUGAAAUCUUUUACUAUUGAUGAAAUGCCAGUUUAUGCUCAAGUUGGUUCAAUUAUUCCACUUUUACCUGAACCAAAAUCAAGUCGAGAAAGAAUUGGUCGAGCUCAACAAAUUCCUCAAUCUCUUCUUCUAUAUACACUUAUUGGUGGAUCUUCAAAAGGAAAAGGAUAUGUUUAUGAUGAUGAUGGUUCAACAAUGGCAUAUCAAGAUUCUUCUCAUUCAGCUAGUGCUAUCACUUAUUUUUAUUAUAGUGUAUCAGUAAAUACAUUACAAUUUACUAUUUCUGCAGCAUCAGGAUAUUUUCCCACUUUUCCAACAUCACGUACAUACGAAAUUCAUCUUCGAGGUAUUUUUCCAGCUACAAAUGUUCGUAUCAAUAAUAUUAAUAUUUCUUUUGAACCAUUUCAUGAAUUAAUUAAUGGUCAAAAUAGUAUAACAAAUAGUUAUACAUAUGAUGGAUCAACUCUUUCAAUUAUUAUUUAUAUUCGACAAGCAGUAUCAACAUCAGAAUUAGUUGAAAUAGAAGUUGAAUUAUCCGAAAGUAUUUCUGAUCCACUUCUUGUUCGAACUCCAAUAUCAUUUAUUAGUCUUCUUAAUCGAUGUCAAUUAGCUAAAGCUCGUCUUGAUUAUGAAUGGGGUAUAAGAACAGUUUAUAUGGAUGAUUAUCCAUUAUUAUUAAAUGCUGCUGCAACUGGUCUUCGUAUUACUCAUAGACCAUCAACUGCUAAAAAAGAAUUAAAUGCAUUUUAUAAUAAACGUAUACCAGGUGCAUGUAGUGAAAUAGCGAAAAAAAUUGAUAAUAUUGAUCCGAAUAUUCGAAACAUUUUAUUAGCUCAACUACAAUGCAAUUUAUUCACUAAGAAGAAAUUAAAUAGAAUAUGGAAUUAA